AUGAUGGGAUUUGAAAAUCACACUUACAGCGGUGACUUUAUGCUCUUAGGAUUGUUCUCUUCUUCCCCAACAAGUCUGAUGUUCUUCUCCUUUAUGUGUAUCAUUUUUGUUAUGACUUUAACAGAAAACACAGUCAUCAUCCUCCUUAUCCAUAGGAGCUUACAACUUCAUACUCCUAUGUAUUUCUUGCUCAGUCAUCUGUCUUUUAUGGAUAUUUUGCAUAUUUCCAAUAUUGUUCCUAAAAUGAUUUCUGAUUUUUUGUCAGGCAACAGGACAAUUUCAUUUGUAGGUUGUGGCUUCCAGAUAUUUCUGUCUCUCACACUUUUGGGUGGUGAGUGCAUCCUUUUGGCAGCAAUGUCCUAUGAUCGCUACAUAGCCAUCUGUCAUCCACUGCGCUACCCCAUUCUUAUGAACGAAUAUAUCAGCCUUCUCAUGGCAGGUGGGUCCUGGCUUGUGGGGACAAUCAAUUCUACAAUUCACACUGCGUACACACUUCACUUCUCUUUCUGUGGCUCAAGAGCCAUCGAUCACUUUUUUUGUGAAGUUCCAGCCAUGCUAAAGUUGUCCUGUGUAGACACAUCACACUAUGAGCAAGGCAUCUAUGUUAGUGGUAUCAUCUUUGUGGUCAUCCCUUUUUCCAUGAUCUUUGCUUCUUAUGUCCAAGUUAUCCUUACUGUCCUUCAAAUGAAAUCAUCAGAAGCACGGAGAAAGUCAUUUUCUACCUGUUCCUUCCACAUGACUGUGGUCAUAAUGUACUAUGGACCAUUUAUUUUUACAUACAUGACACCGAAGUCUUACCACACUCCAGGCCAGGAUAAAUACUUGGCAAUAUUCUAUACUAUUCUCACGCCUACACUCAACCCUAUCAUCUAUAGCUUUAGGAAUAAAGAUGUUCUAGCAGCAAUGAAAAAUAUGCUUGAAAGUAAUUUUCUGCUUAAAAGACGAAUGUAA